AUGGCUAAACGUCUAGUGCCGGCCCGUCUCUCUAAAUCCAUGCUACACUUUACCGACGAGCACUUGGAUAUGGACAGUGGAAAGGGCCUAGGGCGACCAUCCGCUACCGUCGACUGCCUCAUGAAAACCAGGCUACUGGAAGACCACCGCAGCAGGUCUUUCACCGGCUCAACCUCGGGCGCCUCAGCAUCUAUCCUUCAUGACCACAUAGCCGACCGCAACCACCGAGCUCUCUUCAAUUACAAAUCUCUCCAGAGCCUAGGGCAAUGGAGCCUGGCCAAGAUUGCUCCAUAA